GGCUAUCGAGACGCUUGAUCUGACGACUCCUUUUCCAUGCGCUUUAUUCUGCUGGCUGCGCAACUGAUAUUGCUCGAUGCGACGCAGAGCGCCGUUACUGUUGGCUUAGAUGCCUUUGGCAUCGAGGUGAAGAUCACCCCAGACGUCAGCAAGGAUGGUGAUGAGGGCGUGGAGUGCAGAGAGGACUGGCAAUGCCCUAUGGCGCGUCCCAUUUGUGAUCGAGCCAGGCUACUUUGCGAGGACCUUUAUUACUUCAAUUCUUCCCGGGGCAGCUGCGUCUGCGACAGCCCCCACGACUGCGACUUCGAGGAGAUCCUCACCCAGGAGGUUCUGUCCAACGUGUCGGACUGCGUCUUCGCUUGCAAGGUCACCCCUGAGUGUCGUGCCUUCCAGGGGCGCUACAUCCCGAAUUCGCACAAGAGCAACUUUAGCUGUCAACUGCUCAGGGCGCUUUCCUCUUCCAGCACGCCUGCGACUCUGACUGGCGAUGGUCAAGGUGACCAGUACUGCUAUCGCAAGCCCGACCGCUCCAGCGAGUGCACUCACCACUUGGCCUGCCUGACCAGCUCAGGACACUUCUGCUGCCCUGACCGGCACGGAGAAAUGCUCGCUUGUUGCUCGUCACCAUCCACCAUCCAGGCGGGUGGUAUAGUCACUACGGUAACGCUGAUCAUGCUGCUAGCUCUGUCAACGUUCUUCAAUUGCCGAACCUGCGGCAAAUCUGCGAUCGCGACUCCUGCGAGUGAUGUGCCUGGCAGCACCGACAUCAGCUUUCCCGGUGAGAUUCGAGGGCAGAAGAUCUCGUACACCGACUAUGCUGAGCUCCGGCAGGCCAUGGACACGGCCGGCCGCUUCGUGAUUGCCUUUGUCAACCUAGGGAGCGGCGACCAGAGCGGGAAGCGCUUCGAGGAGCUCUUCCGCGUGCUGCUGGGGGCCUCGGGGCGUGUCUGCAAGCUGCCGCGGGACCUGGACAGCGGCCUGAACCAGGCCGCAGAGAUCCUGCGCCGCAAUGAAGAGGUGGCGAUCCUGGCGUGCGGAGGGGACGGCACUGUGACCUGGAUCUUGUCGGAGCUCAACGAGCGAAAGGACCGGGUCUUCCAGGGCAUCAUGAUGCCACCGGUGGGCAUCAUCCCCCUGGGCACGGGUAACGAUCUGGCGAGGUCCCUGGGCUGGGGCCCCGUGCUGUCGGACAACUUCCAGCUGCCGUGCUACGUGCACCGGGCGCUGCGCUCCGAGACGGUGCUGCUGGACCAGUGGCAGCUCACCUUGCGGCCCAGCCAUCUGCUGCCGCCCUCCCUGCGCCAGCGCGGCACCGUGGAGUUUGUUGGGUACUUCACCAACUACUUCUCCGUGGGCAUGGACGCCUGUACCUCCUAUGAGGUGGGCCGUGUGAGGAGCUCGCCCGUGGGCCGGUGCUGCUUCCGGCUGCGCUGCAUGCCGCCCUGCCGCUUCAUCCACGGGGGGCUGCUGUGCUACGGGCUGAACGGCCCCAACUGCGCGCGGUGUCUCUGCUGCCGCACCCGAGCCCUCAAUGAGGACUUGGAGGUGAGGUUUGACAACGAGGACACGGCCUUCGCUUUCAAGGGCCAAGUGAGGCAGUUUACCCUGACGAACUUGAAUUCCUACGGCGCUGGCAUGUGUCUAUAUGGCAAGACUACCAUGGACACGCAGGUCAGCCCCAACGACGGGAAGUUGGAGGUCUUCACGCGCGAGGGGCCCUACGGUGUCAUUGGAAUGACAUUGAGCAAGAAGAUCAUGAAGGUCCCCUGCGCUGAUAUCCCCAUCCUUCGUCAGCCACGAAGAGUGGAGAUGGAGCUGAAGAAAGGACAACAUUUCCAGAUGGACGGCGAGGCGUGGGUGCUGAACGCGGCCUGCACUGCCGUAGUCGAGUGGUACAGCAAGGUGCGCAUGCUGUGCCCCGGCGAGGACGGGCUCUCUGCAGGCGACUGGUCCGGCAGCCAAACACGCAACUUUUGGGAGGGGCGACGUGGAACAGGAGUGGUCUCCGAGCAGGAGCUGUGCAGACCGGACACCUGAAGGCGCCUUGCGCACCGCGCCCGGGGUUUUCUCCGGAGCCUGAGCCGCGCAAAGGACGCAGUGUACAAAUUGAUCGGGGGUUGUUUCACUGAAAAGAAAAA